CCCAAAUCCAAUACACUUCCUCGUUACCCCAGAUUCCACAUCAAACGAACGCUACUACACCAUCUACAUUUCUUCCCCACGUAUCACCAGACUGUCGGGACACAGCAACUUGCCCCUGAGUCCAUAGUCACCACCUAGGAAUUGAAUAGAGAACCCCAGUCCCAAAUCACAAAAUGGCAACCGCACCCAAGGACCAGCAGGACUCGGCAGACAUCAAGUCCCGCCUCAAAGAGUCCUACGACACCAUCGCCACCGAAUACAACGAAUGGACCCUCCGCCAGACCUCCCUCCGCAUCGAGUACCUCGAGAAGCUCAUGGAGAAGCUCCUCACCGCGAAACCCUUGUCGGGCCAAAUGUCCCUCGUCCUCGAGCUCGGCUGCGGCUGCGGCCUCCCCGUCACCGAGAGGCUCCUCACCGCGCCCGACACCUACGUCACCGCAAACGACCUCUCCACCACCCAGAUCGACGUCGCUCGCAAGAACCUCGCCAAGCACGGCACCGACCGCGUCUCCUUUGUCGAGGGCGACAUGAUGAAGCUCGAGUUCUCCGAGGGUUCGUUCGACGCCGUCAUUGCCAUGUACAGCAUCAUCCACCUGCCCCGCGAGGAGCAGACCGAGAUGAUCCGCCGCGUCGCCAGGUGGUUGAAGCCUGGUGGGCUAUUGCUCGCCAACUUUGCGUCAAAGGACUUGCCUGCCGUUGUGAAUGAGGAGUGGCUUCACGAGAAGGGGUGGAUGUACUGGAGCGGUUGGGGCGCUGAUGCGACUGUGGAACAGCUCAAGGAGGCCGGGUUGGAGGUUCUUGUCAGGGAUAUCGUCGAUGACAAGGACGACGCCGAGUUCCUCUGGGUCAUGGCGAAGAAAUAAGCAGUACCUAUUCACAUGGUUUUUGUCGUUUUAACUUGGGUCCCGG